AUGACUCUCAAGAUAAUUGUUCUUGGGAGUCUGAAUUGUCAGCUUCGCGCCGCCUUCACAAAACUUACCAAGCUACAUGCGAAGCAGAAUUUCUCAUGUGCGAUUCUCGUUGGUAAUGUCUUCGGCGACGGGACGACAGAAAGCGAUGCUGAAGAAAUCAGCGCUUUAUUGUCAGGAUUAAUCACUGUUCCUAUCCCGACCUACUUCACUCUGGGCGACAAGCCCCUCCCGCCGCGCAUCGUGGAACGGAUCGAGGCAGAUGGCGAAGUCUGCCCUCACCUGUACUUCCUCGGCAAGCGAGGUACUCUGAAGACCCUAGAGGGUGUUCGCAUCAGUGCGCUCGGAGGCAAUCUGAACGAUGGAGAUGCAAAUGCAAAGCCCGAGACCAAUGCCUCCGGCAAAUUCCAGCCCACAUACACCGAAUCAGACGCGCGAGCCCUAUUCGGCGUGCACAGCGCCGACAUCCUCAUCACCAACCAGUGGCCCAAGGGGAUCCGUACUGGCUCUGACUUCCCAGCGGACGUGGAAAAUUCCACCGUGCCAACUGAAGUUCAAUGCGUCUCUGAUAUCACCGCAACUUUGAAACCCCGAUACCAUUUCUGCUCCUCAGAAGCCUUCUUCUACGAGCGCGAGCCAUUCUUCCACCUCCCAACCGAAGAUGAACCAAACGCCAAACCAUUGACCCGCUUCAUCUCAAUGGCCCCCUUCGGCUCAAAGCACAAAGCCAUGUACGCCUUCGCCUUCGACGUCAACGAAGCUCCACCACUCACAGUGCCUGCCGGCGCAACCGCAUCUCCCCUCCGAGCCAUCCAGCCAAAGGGCAAAGGCAAAGGUCUCCCCAGCCAAAAAGAAUCAUUCAAGCGCUUCGCAACCACAGACGACGACCACAACCAACGCCCACACAAGCGCCGCCAACGCCAACCACCCCCUGGACCCGAUCAAUGCUUCUUCUGCCUCUCCAAUCCCAACAUCGCCAUGCAUCUCAUCACCUCCAUCGGAAAUGAAAGCUACCUAACUACCGCCAAGGGACCACUCCCACCAAAGAACUUCUUCCCAAACCUGGGUUUCCCAGGCCACAUCCUCAUCAUCCCACUCCCGCACACGCCUACCUUGAACUCGAUUUCCGAGGCCGAGACUCGCGCCAACACAUACGCUGAAAUGGAGCGGUACCACACCGCGCUCCAUAACAUGGUUGUCGAGCGCUCGGGCGGUAAGCUCGGCUCCGUCGUGUGGGAGGUUAGUCGCGGAAACGGAAUCCACACACACUGGCAGUUCCUCCCCGUCCCCAUUGAACUCAUCAACGACGGUCUCGUCGAAGCCGCAUUCAUGGUCGAGGGAGAUAACUUGAAAUACCCACGUUUCUCAACCAUCUCCACGACAGAUAGCAGCGCGGAGCCAGGCGAUUUCUUCCGCGUCUGCAUCUGGGGCGCAAACGCAAAGGCCGAAAAGGAAAAGACAGAGGAGAAGGAAGCCGUUGAAGAGUCCAGCUCCCCGGCGCCAAAUAAGACCCUCAAUCUAGAUCUUAGCCCUGACUUUAGAUUCGACCUCCAAUUCGGCCGUCGUGUUAUGGCCAAGUUGCUUGAGCUCGAUAGUCGGAUGGAUUGGCGGGCUGCGAAUCAGUCGCAGGCGGAAGAGGAGGCUGAUGCUGAGGCUUUCAAGGCUGCGUUCAAGAAGUAUGAUUUCUCUAUGGAGUAA